AUGGGCCUGCACCCGAGUACACCUCUUUGCCCGAAACACGAACCUUGCGGCAAUAGCAGCCACCGUCUUGAGUAUUCUCGGUCAAGAGACUCAAGCUGGACCACAUCCGUUUCGGCAUCACACACCAGACAUGAUGACUACAGCGACCACUCGAUGCCUUGUCGACUGAGGCCAAAGGAUCUUAGGUCAUCUCCAGGUGCGGACCAGCACCGCCUUCUGCCGUCUCUCCGGAUGCUCCACGGGGCCCCCACGGAGCCAAGGCAGUCAUUUGCUGCGAGCACUGAGCGGAGUUUCCGGCAUCACCCAUCUUUCCGCUUCCAUGCCCGUGAUUCAAUGCCCGUCACUUCGCGAUGCCUCGCUGUCGAUCACUGUCGGGGGAACAACCGCCGGUGUCUUACCAAUGACGGGAUCAACGGCCAUGACCGACCCGUCCGCUGCUCACCGACCAUAGGACUCAAACACCGAGCAGCUCCGGAGCUUUGUAAUUACUACGCCUAUCCAAAGGUAGAGACAUACGGGCACCGCCGGAGGCAGUCGCAGCCUUCACUGCAAUCAACGAAUCAAAAUUACACGGUUGCUCAAUGGAGAUGCGCUGGUUGCCCUUAUGUCAGCCUCCAUCCCCUCCAAUCGACCCUCUACCGUGGCCCACCUUCGAGCGUCUUCCGUCCUCGCUACUCAGAAACUCGAAAGAAGAAGAACAUUUGCACAGCCUCCAAGAUGCUGACAGAGACAUACCCUGUGGUUCCCUUUGGUCUACUCAGCCCUACACAUCCGACCUCUUCCCUCGCAUCGACUAAUCAUGAUGCACCAGUCCGUGUAACCAAAACCCGUCGCCUUGGAUUUCGUCCCUGUCCCUCUUGUUUCCAAAAGUUCGGAGGACGAGCCAAUCACCGCAAGCCAGGCCCGCGGCACUCCAGCGCAUGGCGUUCCCCCCUCGCCUCGCACAUUGCAUCUCACAUCAUGACGAGGAACCUUGCGAAACCCACCAUCACGUCGCCCGGGUUUCUGACACUACACGCAUACCACAUGCGCGCGCGGCGGGCAGUGAUGGAUGUCAUCUUUACUUCGUUCAUGUUGCCCAGGGAAGAGGAAAGCCCAACGCUCCAACCCCAAGCCGUUGCGAUACCCGUUUACCGGGCGUCCGCGCCUCCUCGCACGGAGGCUGAGAUGCCAAGUCGAGGUACCAAUGGCCGGGUUUCUCUUCUGCUGCCCCCCCUUGACCUGAGCUUAGACACAGCUCUCAUACAAUCUCAAAACAAUCUCACGUCUCCUCUCUUAUACACACAAACACCAACCACUUACACCAUCAACAACCCAUCUACCUCGCCUUCCACCAAAAGCUCAACUUCCUCCAACACACACACACACACAAAACCCACAAAUUCAACCACAAUGGCCGCUUUCACUCUUCUGUUCACUCCCGCCACUGCCGUCUACGGACGCUCAGGCUACAACAAGGACGGCGACGACGAGGAGAAGGACAACCGCGGCCGCUCCGGAUACAACAAGGACGGCGAUGACGACGACGAGGGCCAGAACAAGGGCCGCUCCGGCUACAACAAGGAUGGCGACGACGAGGAGGACAAAUAA